AUGGCAGAGCCUAUAUUCGUACCAGUCGCAGUGCUCGAUCGACGAACGGGUUCUCGAAAGUUUUUUGACGUCAAGGUUUGUUGUUUUCUCAUGAUUCGGUGAUCAGUUUGAUUUUCCAGGUAGAUAAUGAUGAAAAAAUAUCUCAAGUAAAAGAAAAGCUCGUGGUGAUGACUGAUAUCCCACUUCUCGAGAUGAAUAUUAUUUUCUGCGGACAUAAAAUUGGCGACGAUACAAUUCUCAAAGACUUGUUUCUUGGUCCGACAACGUAACUUUGCAGAAAGUUUUUUGAGGCGCAUAUUUCUCAUUUACAGGCAAUUGACAGUUCUGCGAUUGCCGCCGACUUCAGUCCCCCAAACUCCAUCUACCAGUAUCCAAAAGAUAACUGCGAUGGAAAACCCGCAAAUAGGAUCUUUUUACGUUUAUUGCAAAGACUGUUCGCAAAUCGCUCGAGGCAAGUUGCGGGUUUACUGCGAAAAGUGUGAAUCCUCCUCCGUCGUUGUGAAAUCAGAACCGUCCUGCUGGAACGACGUUCUGAAAAGGUAGAAGGUACUUUCCCGAAGCGUGAAUUUUUUUUUUCAUUAAACUGGUGGAACAUUUAAGAGUGCAUUGUAAACGUCUUCGCCAUAUAUGAUUUUUCAAGUGAAUCAACGAUUAGAACUAAAUAAACACUUGAUAAGUUCAAUCACGUUUACUUUGUUACUACGGUUGUUAUUUUCUGAUUUCUUCUUGAAAAUAUGAAGGAAUAUGUUUAGUAAACGUAUUAUGGUUUCGUGUGAGAAUUGCAAUUCCGAAAGCUCUUUUGCAGUGUUCAAGUUCAAAUGCAUCAAAUGCAAUGAGGUAAAUUCCAGCGCUUUUUAUUCAUUUCCAUGUCUAUUUUUGAGAUUUGCGCGCCUUUGGCACACAUUCGCACUAACUGGAACAUUUUGGACUGCUGCAUUUGUGGCGAAAACUCUCAUUUUGUCUUUGAUUUGGGCUGCAGCCACCCGACGUGUCCAGACUGUUUUAAGGUUUCUCGAUUCGUUUCUGAUGGUUUAUUUGACCAUUUUUUGUCUCGCUCUGAAGGAGUACGUUGUAAGUUGCUUGUCCGAGAAUCGUUUCGAGUUGCGGCCACCGUUGGGCUUUACCAUCCAGUGUCCUUUCACCGCCUGCAACAGUUGGUUUCCAUGGCUUUCGUUUCUCAUAAAAACCUCUAGGGUAUGUGAAAGACGUUCAUCAUUUCUACGUGGCGGGAAAAGAGGUUUAUCAGAAGUACCAACAGAAAGCAACCGAACGCCUUGUCACCAUCGACGACGAAGGUUUGGUCCUCUUCGAUGUCUAAUAAAUUUUCCGAACUUUAUAGUGUCCUUACAAAUCUUAACCAUUUCGAUUCUCACGAACAGCAUGUAAAAAAAGAUGAAAUACGUUCUGAGGCCGUAAAAAAUAAGCUGGAAAAUGAUUUUCCGACAUUUUCCUGAAAAUUGAAAAGGCCUUAAACUCGCUAGGAUAUCAUUGAUUUUGACUUUAUCUGAUAAAAUAAGACUAUAUAAGAAUAUUCUGAGAGAGGUGAAACAAUUUCAGUCUAUAAAAGACUGAUUGUAGCCAUUGAAAAAUUUCAGGCAAAUGGCGGAAAACCAUUUUUCACUAUAUUGCAUACGGCCUCUGAAGAGUCUGAAAACAUUUGUUUGGGAUCUUCAAUUUUUAAAGUGCGAUACGCAGAAAGUUUUUUUUUGAAAAUCGUAUUUGCCGCCUAAUAUCGAAGAAAAAAAUCGCAGAUUCCGUCAAGUUCUUGAAGACCGUAUAAACAUGAACAAUCAAAAUGGUUUUAUGAUGGAUUUGAUGUUUUCUGACAAUUGAAAUACAGGAGUGUGCUGUCCUUCUGCCAAAUGCGGGGCUUAUUUCUUUUGGGAGCCUGAGAACGAAGACAACUUGACACAGUGUCCGGAGUGCCAUUUAUCCUUCUGUAUGUGAGUUAUAAGCAUUUGAAAUCAAUUUCCUUUUGCACAAAAACAGGUAAGCUGGUUUUCACCAAUGGCAGAGUCAGAUAAUUUCUCAGAAUUUUUUUGUUUUUCCGAGCAUUUGACUUUUUACAAAUAAUAAAUAAAAAAAUAGCUGGUUUCGAGAAACGCAAAGAAAAAGUUAGAAAGAAGGCAUUAGAAAAAAAACCUUUACGGAAAACUAACCGGCUUUAUUUUUCUUAAUCCUUUCUUAUUUGCUGGCCCGUUUACCAACACCCCUAUCCAUUUGGCAAGUUUUGUUUGAAAAGAAGAAAAUUUGAAGGCGAUGCAAAUCAAAGGACUGUACGUGCCAGGAGAUGGACGACGAGACGAAGGAGACGAUCGAGACGACGACCAAGUGAGACCUCAUUUUCGCCCAAAGCUAAUGGCGUCUCUCAGGAAAUGUCCCAAGUGCGCGGCGCCGACCGAGCGCAACGGCGGAUGUGCCCACAUUCAUUGUCCCUCCUGCAGCCUCGACUGGUGCUUCCUUUGCCGGCUUCCGUGGACCGAAGAUUGCCAGUGGAACCACUGGUUCGGAUGA